UAGAAGAUCUUAUAUUUGUUGAAAAUGGCAUACAUUUUUUUUCAGUAUCAUAUUGUAGUAUAGUCCUGACUGAUACACCAAGCUUGCUCGUCAGCUCGAUCAUGACGAAUCAUAGAACUGAAACGUCUUCUUUUUUUAACUUGCAUGCAUUUGACGAGCGGUUGCUGCUCUAUGAACUAGCAUAAUACGGUUAGUCUUCUUUCAAAUUGCAUCUGAGGAUAAUUAUUACCAGAAUCAGUCGUUCCCUAAAUAAUAUUAAAAUAAGGGAUGAUAACAGCUAGCAACUUACAGUUCAAGUAUUUGAUUUGGCACUUUUUAGGAAAAUGCCGUAGUCACAUCUUAAGAGUGUCGGUUACACAAGUGCAUGGGCCAUGAUGGAUGGUUAUCAUUCAUCCAAUGCCUGUUGGCUAAAAUAGCUCGUAACUGGUAGAUUACAGAUCCUUAACUUCUGGAACACUUGCUAUCCCAUCAUUACUCCCUAGAUGCCUCAUCCGAGACUAUUAUACAAUUCUUGCACAUCCACGCUAACCACAGAAUUCCUGAAAUACUGAUAUUCAAUCAUAUGCUGAAGUCUUAGCCAAUCUACUGUCUGUGUGAUAUAAGAAAAUAGUACAGCUGUAAAGGCAUGUAGGCUUCUAGAGCCACUAUACUAAUAUUGAGCAAAAUGGCUUGCUUACUAUCACUUAUGUGCAAGCUAAGCAACUGAACUAUAUAAAGCAGGCUGUGAGCUCUAGUUCACCUAAAAAAUCAGCAAGGACAUUCACAACAUGGUUUACAGACUCCUCUUUGGAUUUCUCCUUCCUCUUGUCUUACAACCCUCCUUAGUGUUAUGCAAUCCACCAGAGCUGAAGAUUGGCUUUUACCAAUACACAUGCCCGUAUGCAGAGGUCAUUGUUCGCGAUGAGAUUGCCAGGAUCAUCUCCCACGUCCCAAGCCUUGCUGGUCCUCUGCUUCGCAUGCACUUCCACGACUGUUUUGUGAACGGUUGCGAUGGUUCUAUUCUGCUUGAUAGCAUACCAGGAUUACCAUCCGAAAAGGAAUCGGAACCGAACCUCAGCCUGCGAGGCUUCGGCACAAUCGACCUUGUCAAGGCUAAACUGGAGCAAGCCUGCCCUGGAGUGGUCUCAUGCGCUGAUAUCCUAGCUCUCGUGGCAAGGGAUGUUGUACUACUGACCCAUGGGCCUUACUGGAAUGUUCCAACUGGGCGGCGAGAUGGGUUGAGAUCGGUGAAGGAUGAAGCUUUGAACAACCUACCUCCACCUUUUUUUGAUGCCACUCGUAAUCUGAACCAGUUCUUCGUCCCGAAGGGUCUUGAUGCGAAGGAUCAGGUGGUUCUGCUAGGGGGGCACACCCUUGGGACCUCCCACUGCUCGUCCUUCUCGGACCGGCUGUACAACUUCAGCGGCACACAGAUGCCGGACCCGGCGCUGGACAGGCGGUACGCGCUGCGGCUGAAGAGCAAGUGCAGGCCCGGCGACGCGACGACGCUGGUGGAGAUGGACCCGGGGAGCUUCAGGACAUUCGACGCGAGCUACUACCGUCACGUCGCCAGGGGGAGGGCGCUCUUCACCUCGGACGAGACGCUCAUGCUGGACCCCUUCACCAGGGACUACGUCCUGCGCCAGGCGGCCGUCGCCGCUGCCGGCGGCUACCCCGCCGAGUUCUUUGCGGACUUCGUGGCGUCCAUGGUGAAGAUGGGGAACAUGCAGGUGCUCACCGGCACGCAGGGCGAGGUCAGGCGGCGCUGCGGCGCCGUGAACCUGAUUGGCAUGUAGGCCGCUGGCGGUGGUCAGUGAUCACCGGCCCGUAAAUUAUCGAAAGUCUGUGGGUAUUGUAUAAUUGAUGUGUAUUACGCGUGUACAUUUGUGUGCAUCAUUGUCUUUCUUCAUUUGCAUUGUUUGUUUGUGCGAUGUAUUCAAAUUCAAAUAAAAUGUUUGCUUGAUUGAUUCGGUGGAAUAAAAUGCCAGCCUCGAUGAACACUCUA